CCUAUGAUGCCCCUAAGCCCCCAGCUCCACAGGGCUGUGCUCCUGGCUACCAUCCUGAUGCUGCUGCUUCGGGUGAAGGGGGUGAGGCCGCAGAAGGGGGGUCCAGACCCCACCAAGAGCAGCCAGAAAGAGACCCUGCCCUCCACAGACCAGGGUGAAGAGCAGUUUGAAGAGCGGUUUGUGGCCUCCUCGAUGGGGGAGAUGUGGCAGCUGCUAGACAUGGCCCAGCAGGAGGACGAGAUGGCGGGCACGGUGGUGGCACGCGUCCACCUCUUCAGCCUGGCCUUCUGUGUGAACCUGGCCAGCAUCAUGGUUUUUUUAUGA